GUCAGUCCACGAACAGCUCCGUCGGAAGCUCGGACAGCGGGCAGCUAAACUGAUGCACUGUCAGGAGGCGCUCGCGGAGCGAGGGCGGCACCCUGGACGCCGAGGGGGCCGUCGCGGGCGGGGGCGGCGCCCGCCAGCCCAGGGUCGCGGCGGAGACUAGGCGCAGGCGCGUGGAUCGCCUCGCCCAACCAAACUAUCGUCACGAUAGCAGGAUGCGCAAGGCAGAAGUGCGGCCGAAUCUCUCCGUGGGACCGGACCCGAUCUGGCCCAUCUCCAAGGCGGCCCUGCGCGCCUCGCCCACCACCAGGGUGUCUAUGCUGUCCAUGGCACCCGCGCGGAGGUCAGAGUUGCACGCCAACGUCAGCGUCAGUCGGUCGCGCGCCGCGCACGCCAGCGGCAGCGUCACGUCGAGGCUGAGCGCGAGGCUCGAGGCGCUGUCCAAGCCCAGACUCUCGCGGGCGCCGGCGCCGGGGGAGGGGCCGAGCGCGGCGGGCAGCCAGCGGCGCCUCGUGACGGACGCGGAGUGGCGGCGCCACAAGGACUGGCUGCGGGUCAACGCCCAGCCUCGCAGGGACCACUCUCUGGACCAGCAGCGCGGCGUGCGGCGCGGCCGCUCGGCCAGCCUCCGGCGUCUGCUGCCACGCCUGCGCGUCCUCGCCAAACCAUCUCACCGGUCGGUAGUCAAGACCAGCGAACCGCAACUCAAAACGGUGUCACAAGGAGCCCUGCGAUACCAAGCCUCAGAGCGUAUAAUUCGACUGUCCCAACCACUGCAAAGACGUCUAUCUGUCAGUAGGUAGGAAAUGUCACAACAUCCAACCGUGAUUGGACCAAGAGGACUGAAAUGUUUUGAUACAGGAGGGGGGAAAGAAAAACGUGGGAUAAAGAUUUUCUUUUUUAUUACAAUUCAUUAUACAUGUUUAACUUCCUGAUAUCAGUACUGGUCUCGUCAGUAUAAGACCAAUAAAUGGGAAAAAAACAAUGAUCAACAGAUAGAAAGAAAAAAUGGGGAGGGGGGUGGGAAAA